AUAUGGGGCUUUAUUCGCAAGGUCUACGGCAUCCUCGCCGCUCAGAUAGUUCUUACCACGGUCGUUUCAGCCACAACCGUCCUCUACGCCCCCGUCAAUAAUCUCCUCUCCGGAUCUCCGUCCCUCGCCCUCGUCCUUGCGUUUCUUCCUCUUCUCCUGAUGUGCCCACUUUACCAUUACCAACAGAAGCAUCCACUGAACUUUGUAUUUCUUGGGCUGUUCACUGUGUCCCUCAGCCUAAGUGUUGGUGUUGCUUGUGCAAAUACCAAAGGAAGGAUUGUACUUGAGGCUUUGAUUUUAACUUCUGGUGUUGUCUUAUCCUUGACCGGCUAUGCUUUCUGGGCUUCUAGAAAGGGAAAAGAUUUCAGCUAUCUUGGACCAGCUUUGUUUGCUGGCCUUAUGGUUCUUCUGUUGACAAGCUUUAUUCAGAUGUUCUUCCCUCUCGGACCAACAUCAGUCGCCAUAUUUGGAGGACUUGGCGCUCUUGUUUUCUCUGCCUUCCUAGUCUACGACACAGACAACUUGAUCAAGCGUUAUACCUACGAUGAAUACAUCUGGGCCUCAGUUGUUCUCUACCUUGACGUCCUCAAUCUCUUCCUCUCCAUUUUGAACCUUCUCAGAGGCAUGCAAUCUGAUGGCUAGUGCACUUUGAAGAACAACUGGUUCCAAGGAAAUAUUGAAGUGUAAAGGUACAACUUUGGUUGAAAUUUAUGUUUGAUUAUCUCCAUUAUAUGCACCAUAAGACUUCUUUUACAACCUGGUAAUUCCUUAUGCCUGAAUUUCUGACUGAAAGAGAUGUUUUGUUAACACUUUGGUAUUUUAAUCAGAUUAUUAUGUCUGUUUAUGUGUCACUUGCAGUUCCAAAGGAAUUAAUCUAGGAAUAGAGACCAACCUGGUUAUUGAUUGUGUGAA